AUGUCAUUUCUCCAUAAUUUCCCUCUUAUUUUUAUUUUCCAAACUCUAAUAAAGCCUGAGCACAACUUUCCCUUGCCCCAUUCGCUCUCUUCAAAGUCUCCAAAUGAGUCUUCAAAUGUUAUUGGGUCUAGCUGUUCUAUGGAUACCUACAGCGAAUCCCUUGCCCCACUUAGACCCUCUUCGCCACAUCUAUCCUCCGUUACGAGUAAUACAGAGCUGCAGACCCAAUCGGCUACUGCUAGAUAUUCUGAUACGAAGCCAAACAUAUAUCCCUUGCGCCAACAAUAUACUGCCUCACCUUCACGACCAGUAUCACUCCAACCCCAGUCUCAAUCACAACCCCCAAUAAAUUAUCAGCAACACCAUUGUCCAAAUUCUCACCAUCAUCUCCUUUUUCGACAGCAACAGCGCAAUCCGCCUUCACACUUAUCAGCUAAGUCAACUCCAACCCAGAAACCACCCUCUUUGCAUCAACAUGCAGCGCCUCAGAGGCAUACUAGCUCUCCUGCUUCUUCCAUCUUCUCUGACAUUGGCUCACUCGCCUCUUUUCCACUCGAUUCCUCUACGAUUGGUUCAGAGGCUGCUGCUCCCACAACCUCUAAUUCAGCCUCUACAUCCUCAAUGUCUUCUUCGAGCCCAGUGCUUUCUGCCCUUAUUGAACAUCAGGUGACCUCGAGUGGUUUGGAGUCCCUCCUCUUAUUACGCCUCUGGCUGCAGAUCACAUUCGAACUAGAGGAGGUCGGAUAUGCCAACAAGAAGGCAGCAGCAGAAUUGCAAUUAGCUCAGGCCAGGGAGGGCGUAAGUCAAUUUGUUUUAUUUUUGCAUAGAAGUUCUUAUUUGCAUGAAUGA